AUGGUUAAAGCUGUCGUCCUCGGUGCUUCUGGUGGCAUCGGCCAGCCUCUUUCUCUCCUCUUGAAAGCCAGUCCCCUCGUCGACGAACUCGCGCUUUACGAUGUCGUCAAUACUCCUGGUGUUGCAGCCGAUCUUUCUCACAUCUCAAGCCCUGCUAAAAUCGAGGGUUUCUUGCCUGCAGACGAUGGUUUGAAGAAGGCUCUCACCAAGGCUGACAUUGUUGUCAUCCCCGCUGGUAUCCCUCGCAAGCCUGGAAUGACCCGAGACGACCUGUUCAAGGUGAACGCCGGUAUUGUCCAGACCCUGGUCAAGGGUAUUGCCGAAUUCAGCCCCAAGGCUUUCGUGCUUAUCAUCUCCAACCCCGUCAACUCCACCGUUCCUAUUGCCGCCGAGGUCCUCAAGAACGCCGGUGUUUUCGACCCCAAGCGCCUCUUCGGCGUUACUACUCUCGACGUUGUCCGAGCUGAGACCUUCGUCCAGGAGUACAGCGGCGCCAAAGAUCCUUCUCAGACUACCAUCCCAGUUGUUGGUGGUCACUCUGGCGACACCAUUGUGCCCCUUUUCAGCCAAGCCAAGCCCGCUUUCACCAUCCCUGCCGACAAAUACGAUGCCCUCGUGAACAGGGUCCAAUUCGGUGGUGACGAGGUCGUCAAAGCCAAGGACGGCGCUGGUUCAGCUACUCUUUCCAUGGCCUUUGCUGGCUUCAGGUUCGCGGAGAGCGUUAUCAAGGCUGUCAAGGGAACCAAGGGCAUUGUUGAGCCAUCCUUCGUCUACCUUCCUGGCGUACCAGGUGGUGAAGCCGUCGCUAAGGCUACCGGCGUGGACUUCUUCUCCGUGCCCAUUGAGCUUGGGGCUACCGGUGUAGAGAAGGCUGUCAAUGUACUUGAGAAUGCCAACGAGACCGAAAAGAAGUUGCUUGAAGUUGCCAUCAAAGGCCUGAAAACAAACAUUGAAAAGGGCGUUGACUUCGUUAAGAACCCUCCGCAAAAGUAA